AUGGGAUACCAAGCCCCUAGUCAGCUUUCAUGCGAAAUCAGCCUUUACAUUCCUACUUAUUUUCAGAACACAACCUUAAUAGCUCAUCUAAACAGAAAAAAUAUCCCAUAUAUCGUAUUUUCUUCAGAAAAACACCACCCUAAUUCUAUUUUAUUCUAUCGGCAUACUAUUUCUUCCAAGGUAAACUCAGAAGAAUUUUUAGUAAAUAAUAAAAAAGUCCUUGCGAUAUUAUUAGAAGGCGAUUUUAGUGACGAAAAAGAACUCCUGGAAGAUUAUUUAUCAAUUUACUAUAAAAAUAAAAUCCGAGUAAUUUUGGUUCUGCAAGGGCUAAAAGAGGCCUUAGAAACAGUCCAAUUUACACAGAGAAAAGGGUUCACCCAUGAAACUUAUGCAGAAUGGGUAGCCCAAAUGAUGAUAAAAGGGGUUGAUUGUAUAGAAACUGAGAAUUUCCGAGAUACUGCAGAUUAUUUAGAAAGGGUUAUUAACACCUUAAAUAAUGGGCCAUAUAGACCUCUUCCUACUGUUUUUCAUUUACAGUCUCGAAAGCUCUCAGUAAAUCAUAAUAUACCCAAAUCUUCAGCUUUGUGAGCAAGUCAACUGAUAAAUAUUCCUGGAAUUUCUGAAAGUAAGGCAAAAUCCAUUAUUGAUAUGUACCCAACUUUAAGCUCGCUGAUGGAAGCUUAUGAAAAUGAAGAAAAAUCAGAAGCAGAAAAGAAAUUAAUUUUGGCACAGAUUGGGGAGAGAAAGGAGAAAAAAAAUUCAAGCAAAAUUUAUAGGUUUUAUACAAGUAAAAAUCCUGAUGAAAUUUUGUAACUCUUCUGUCCUCUAGUUCGCAUGGAGAAGUUAUAUUUCAAAAUUUCAAAAAAUCCCGCUUUGUAAAAAGGUAAGCAAAUUUAUUUAAUUCGUAAAAUUUGUGUUUUUAAAAUUCAAUUUGUUAAAAAUUAAACAGUAUUAGCUAGAGAUUUUAUUAUACUAAUUAUCAAUUAUAUAUCAAAUUUUUCAUAAAAACUUUUUAUAUUAAUAUUUUUGUUCACUCAAAGGUUUUUUUUUUGGGCAAAAAAUACUGAUCUUUCCAAUAGUUUAGUUUAUUCGUUAGGAGGGAGUAA